AACCAACACGAACUCUCGUCUGUGUCAGAUUGCAACAUCCCCUUUUAUCUACUAACAAGCCUUUACGCGCGUUCGUUUAAAGUAUACUCACGUCUAGGCCAGCAUGGCUCAGAUCGUCAAGAAUACCGCAUUCUCGCCCUACGUUACCGGUCCCCUAUUACUUCUCCUAGCUGGGGCACCUGCCUCUAUUCGCGACCCAGUACUCCUUCGGAUUCCGAUCAAGUACCAUGCCACCAUAAUCAAAUCCCUGAAAUGGCUGUUCGCGCUUGGCCUUCUCCGCAAGGCGAACAGGGUGCUCAGCGACUGGGCUGACAACAAAUGGCUCUGGAAUGAUGAUAAGAGCGUAUGGGACUGGAAGAAAGAGGUCGCCGUAAUUACCGGCGGCUCAAAUGGAAUCGGCGCAAAGGUGGUCAGGAACCUGGUCGCGAAGGGGAUCAAAGUGGCUGUCGUCGAUGUGGAGCCACUUUCAGAUGAGCUCCGAGGCUGGGCAAAUAUAUCAUACUUCCACUGUGACAUUACCUCUCGCGACGCAGUGCACAAGGCGGCAGAAGAGAUCCGCGCAGCUUUGGGGCCGCCCUCGAUCCUGAUCAACAACGCGGGCGUGGGCAUCGCCAGCAACAUUCUCGAUGCAACGCCGGAAGGCCUCCGCAAGAUCUUUGACAUAAACCUCAUCAGUCAAUGGUAUACGGUGCAGGAGUUCCUGCCGGACAUGCUCGCGAAGAAGAAGGGACACAUUAUGACUACGGCCAGUAUGGCUGCGUUCGUCGGCAUCGCGGGCACGGCAAACUACUGCUGCACCAAGGCAGGAUUGCUUGCAUUCUACGAGUCGCUGAACCAGGAGCUGAAGCAUCGCUACAACUGCCCGCAGAUCAAGACGUCCAUUGUAUUUCCAGGGUGGACCAGGACCCGCCUCACGUCGUCAAUCGAGCCAGACCUAAAGGCCGCGGGGGAGCCGCCCCUGAUGAGCCCCCAGACGGUUGCAGACGCGAUGGCGAGGCAGAUUCUCGCGGCAAAGAGCGGCCAGAUCAUUCUGGGGCCGAAAGGUGCACCUGUGCUGCGGGGACUCCCGUCGUGGAUGCAGGAACGCGCCCGCGACAAGACGGCCGAACACGUGAAAGUGAAUGCGAGCAGCGCGGUCUCGUGAGCUUGGGCGUAACGGUAGUCAGUGCCGCGAUAAAGUUCAAAUCCUCCAGGACGUGCGAGUGUGCCGCAAUGUGGAGUUGCAAUCCUUCAAGAGUUGGCGCUAGUGUGUAUAUAUCUGUACUUAUCCAACCUGGGCAGUCUGCUCCCGCGUGCAAUCCAAUGCUUGUCGUAUGGAUGUCAGGUUACAUUCGGUGUAUUUCU